UGUGUUUAGAAAAAGUCUUUAUAAACCGCCAAAUAAUUAUUAAAGGGGGGAAGUACAAAAAUUAUACUUUAACCACUCAACAUGAGCAAUACCCCAGAAGUAGACUACAUGUAUGAAAUCGCCUUUGAAGGUUUUUCGAGGAGUAUACCCCUAUUGGAUGUUGCUGUAGCGGCGACAAAUCGAAAUUCGGUAAUGGAACUCGAUAGUAACAAUAACGUCAUUUAUAAAAACAUACCACAACAAUACAAAGAUGAUUUUCUACGCUUAGGUUUCCAGCCCACAACUAACGACGAUUCAACAUGGACAUUGCCACAUGAAGUUUACGAGCAAUUUAAUGAAAUGUUCAGGAAAGCUAGAGACGAUUUUCAUUUUCAAGCGCAAUUGCGUUUCAUAAAGCAUAUGGAGCAGCUUCUAAGCACUGUGAAAGAACCCCUUAACAUUACUCAUGGACAACGUUUGAUGCUUUUCAAGGAAUACUUUCGUAAUCCUCGCUCGGGAUCUCCAGUCUUUCUAAUGCUUCAACAUUUGUACUCUUUUUUUACGUUACAAUUGAAGGAAAAGGAAUAUUUAGUUGAGUGGAAAUUGGGAUACUAUAGCCUCUAUGCCGGCGAGGAAGAAUUUAUGGACGAUACAGUUCGAUUAUUAAUAGGUGUAUUGGGCUUGCAAAAAGUGUAUCGAGAUGACGUUGAUACUGUUGCUAUAACAAUGGUCCAUACAGACAAAAGAUAUGUGGAACCUAAACUGGAAUUAAGAAUGAACCCCGAGUUUACCAACCAAAUGAUCUCUGAUUUUAUAAAGUGUAUCCCAUCUGAGUACAGAAAAAUCGACUUUGUUAAUAAGGAGGUGUCAGAUGUCAAGAGAAUGCCGCAGCCUAAAACAACGAUCUUUCAAUGGAUAUAUCAAAUGUUGAGUCAGUGCUUAUCUUUCUUUAAACAAUAAAUAUAUAUAAAAAAAAAAUUAUUUUUUAUUUUUUAUUUUUUCUCAAAAGGUCUAAGGACGUUUAACAAUCAAAAGAGCAAUUUAGCAUUUAAUAACCGAGAGCGGCAAUGGCAGAGUUGAUU